GGUGCUCAGUCUCUAUCUAUCUCUCGAAAAUAAAUAUUAAGAAAAUUUUUAAGAAGGGUUAGAUGAUAGGAAAGUCAAAGACAGUCACUUCAACAACCUUCCAGGCAGAUAAAAGACAAGGAAGGAGAUGUUCACAAAUGACUAGGCCAUAGGAAGCAGAAAUUAUGACUGGUUAAAGGCUUUGCUUUUGAGGUGGAAAUGCAAUUGAACAGUAAAAUAUAAGUAUAAUUUGGAUGAAGAAGAAGGAAGAGAAAGCUAUUCGAGACUAGGGAGACCAUGUCCAUGAAAAGCACAGGAGGAUCAAACUAUCCAGUGCAAUCAUGUAAGUAAUGUCAAUAGUAAGUAAUCUCAUAGAAAUGAAAUCCAGGUUGUAAGGACGACCUUAAGAAAAAGGAAAUAGACCAGACAGUAGAGAGAUUUAAACAACAGGCUCUCACUUCUGUUAGUUAUGAAUAAGCAAAAUGUUACAUAUUGGUAUCCUGUAAUUGUGGGGGUCAGAAUUCGCGUGCUUUUUUCUCCCCAACUCCUCACCCAGUAUCCUGCCCCCGUUCCAGAAAUAGACAUAUUAAUGAAUCAAUCUCAUUCUCGUUCUGUUAAUAGAACUGCCUUUAAAUCAUACAGGAUACUAUUCACACUUUAUUCAGGGUGGAGUCUAAUUUUUUCUCUACAUUUUCCUUCAGGAAAUAAUCAUGUGUGCCCAAAAGACUGGCUACUGAACCAAGGGAAAUGCUACAGGUUUUCAAUGCCUUCCAAAACUUGGAAUGAGAGUCAACAUGAUUGUGCAUACCUACAGGCACAUUUACCGGUGAUCCAAAGUUUGAAAGAGCUGGAGUUCAUACAGAAGAGUUUAAAACCUGGAAAUCCUGCUUGGAUUGGACUAUAUAUUGCAUCCCCAGGAAAACAAUGGAUGUGGAUAAAUAAACACCUUUUUGUGGAAGAAAACAAUUUUCUCAUGAUUGGACCAAUGGAUCACACAAGCUGUGCUGUCGCAACAAGAAAUCAGGUGUAUUCUGAAGACUGUAACUCCAACUUUAAUGGCAUUUGCCAAAGAGACGCUGUCUGAACAACAAAAACAAAUCUAUGCAUUUAAACAAAGAUUUGAAGCAAAUGCAUAUGGAUAAUAGUGCCUAUCUUUUUUUUUUUUUUAGCGGAAUGCAAAUUUGUUUCCUUUCUAUACUAUUAAAAAACAAAAUUCGACUGAGGAAAUUUAAAGAUAUAAUUGGCAUUAUUCAAUGAUUCGUGAACUAGGUAGCAUCCCACCAAGCAAGUAAAAAAAGAGCUCCAAUGAGCUACAGAGAAGGAAAGGUUUUUUAAAGGCAGACAGGGGUGACAGAAGGAAAUCAGAAACAAUAAAAAGAUUAUUUGGGGCAAGGUCACCUUUCUUUGGGGCAUGAAAAUGGGCCAUCAGGUGGAUUGCCUUAUUAGGGUUGACCAGAACAUUCUUGACUGACCAGUUAAGAUUGUAUUCUUGGGGAGAUCAAAACUGCAGUUAGAUUAGGUAUUAAGUUUUGGUUUCAUGACAGGUGCUUAGCAUGAAUGACUCCAUUUUGGGCCUGUUGUCUCUAUUUUCACAGUACAAACAUAAAAUUUUCAAAUAUUCCAUAUAGAAAUAAACUUCAAAAUAAGGAAAUAUAACUUAUUUUUAAACAAGAAAACACUCUUUCCUAUUGUUUCAAUGUCUAAAAAGAUAAUUAAAUUUCAACUUGUAAUCCUGCCUUAUUCGUUGUCUGUGCCCUAUUGGGUUUGAAAUCCUGAGCAUUUGGUGAAGAAACAGCCUAAGCAGACAGAUAUACCGUUUUUUUCCUUCAUGGUGGGCCUUUUCCCCAAGAUUGUUUUUCAAUUUUUAUCAAAAAGAAAACAAACUUUCAGCUGGUGAUAAAGUACUCAGAUGUUGUAAGCAUGAGAUGUCUAUUUGAGGUAAUACACAAUCUUGUUUUCAACGUGAUUCCACAAUUUAUUUUCCUUUAAUCAAAUUUACAUUAAACUUAUUAUGCUAUGAA